AUGUUCAAUUCUCCAGUACCGGGAUUAAAGGCAAAAAGAAUAUAAGUCUUUAUUUGUUGCUUUAUCCAAUAUGUAAUGUUACAUUCUUGUUGUUCCACUUGGAGUUUCACAUCUGGUAUAUUGGCAAAACAAGAUGAUGAUCAUCAUAAAUAUGAUGACUAAAAAAUAGAUGACUUUGAUAAGAGUUAUUUUGCGGAUGUUAAUUUUGCAUUUCUAUUUACUUACGGUUCAUCAAUGUUAUUGUAAUCUACCAAUUUAUCACAGUUUAGGAUAAGUUGGAGACAGAAUAGGACCUAAGAGAUUCAUGUUAUGUGGUACCUUUUUGACUGGAAUUAUAUAAUUUUUGAUUGCAGGACUGUUUACAGUAGAGUAACAUAAUAGAUGGAUAAUCCUAACUCUAAUGAUAUUUAAUGGUCUAGCACAGGCUCUAGUUUGGCCAGGUUUAAUGGCAAUUAUGAAUAAUUGGCAAAGCAAACCAAACCAAACAAAGUCAUUAUAAUGGGAUAUUUCACCGUAUUUAUUUUUUGGCAUUUUUAUCGAACAAUUUUAAUUUAAUAUUAUAUCUCCUAUAUAUGUAGCAUCAGCUGGAGUAAAAUUAAUGUCUUUCAUAAAUAUAUUUCCCAUGACAACAGAUACAGCAAAAGAACAUAUUUCUAAAUUUAGAAAUACAAAUACUAAAUCAUUAGUUUAUAAAGAUGUACCUGCUGAAUAUAUGAGCAGAACAGGGUCUAGGACUGCUUGUGUGGUUUCCAAUUAAUAUUUGGAUAUUCAAAACGCAACAUCGAUCAAUCUCUCCUAACUGUUGCUAAAAAUACUGUUGGAGAACUACAAUUGUAACCGAAACGACCAAAGAAGGAUAGCAUUAAUAUUUUCUCUGCAUGGAAAUUACCUAAUGUAACACUCUAUGCUUUUUCCUUUAGAUGUAUCAAAGCCGUAUUCUAUUAGCUGGAAUUUCGGCUACCGAAUUAUUUAAGAGGAUAAGAAUUAAAUGAAGUUGUAUGGAUUAAAUAAAUGAUAGAAUGUGGAAAUAUUCAAGAAUGCAUUUUUAUUUAGUUUUGAUGUUUUAUUUUUAGCUACUCAGGAG